AUGUCUGCGGUAUAUAUCGGUCGAUUCUAAGGACAUUGUCCACUCUGUGAACUCGCUUGCAUGAUCGCGAGCCUGUUAGUAACAUCGUGGCCAUCGUGCCAGGCGCUCUCGGAUCAUCUCAUCCUUCUCCUAAACUCAGGUCACUGAUUCACAAUCUAGUUAGAAAAAGAGAAAAAUAUCAAAUCAAAGGUUUGAAAGAUAUCAGCUAGUGUACUUACUUUGUGCUUGAAAAAUGCGCGAUAGAAAUAACCGCAAGACUUAUUGAAAACGACGACAUGCCAGCUGGGAUUUCCGCGUUGGCGCCAACAGCCAAUGGAGAUCCUUUCGAUCUCGAACGAAAGAAUUCUCCAGCGUUUACCAUUCUCCAGAAAGAUGGGUUAGACACCAAUCUACCUCUUCUUCAUGUGAACGGCAAUGGCGAGACGAAUCGAUCGGACGUCGACGAUCGUCUGGAAAAUGUUAAGAAUAACAACCUAAGUCAGGAAAGCUCACGCUCGGCGGACAAGAUACCAGCAAUAAAGCCGAGCAUAACUUUGUCCACGGAAGACUUCAACGAAGUUCUAAACGCGAAGCUGAAAAAGCUUCAAGAGCAGGUGCAAGAGAAGGAAGAGCAACGUAAGAGCGCGAAGAAGGGCCAAAGGGCCUUCCGUAAAAAGCCAUUCAUCACCACUGUAAAGACUGGCGAAUUUCUGAUGCCACCGCCGGAAGUCGCUGCUCUCCUUGGUAUUGCAACGAAUACCAACGAUACCGAGAACAUCGAUAUUUGUCCUUUGCGGUCAAAGUUCAAGUCACUCGCGUCGUUAGCCAAGAAACCGGAAGUACGUCAUAGCAGCCACAUUGCCAGGUGCCCGGCUGCUCUCAAGGCCACUGUUGACUUUACCCUCGGAAUGAUGAAUGCAACGACCAUGGCUGCCUCGACUUUGGAUGAUCGAACUAAGACCGCUAAGAGAAACGACGCGACAUCGAUGGAGAGCAAUCGAUAGCAGCGAGGCAAGCGGAGGCCAGAAGGAGGAAUUUGGCUAGGAAACGAGCUCAGGCACAAGCUACUAAAGCUCUGGUUGCUAGGGUAGGCUCGCCACCGCCGGUUCCUGGCCGUAAGCAUGAGCCGGUGCAAACAGAAGUUUAUCUCGAAGAGUUAUUCGAAAAACCUGAUGAAACCGAUAUCGCGACACAGACUGAUUACUUCCUAGAUAGACCGCCAACACCGAAAUAUUGCCCGGAUAAAGUUGGCCAAGAUGCUUGUACACAAAUUGAACCUGGUGAUCUGUUCGACUUCGACUACGAGGUGCAACCGAUACUCGAGGUACUCGUUGGUAAAACCGUAGAACAGGCAUUAAUAGAAGUUCUUGAAGAGGAAGAGAUUGCCGCUUUGAGGGAACAACAGAGAAAGUUCUUGGAAUUACGCGCUGCGGAAAAAGCUGAGGCGCGGAGACUGGAAGAACAAGAAAGAAGACUAAGAGAAGAAAAGGAUCAACGAUUAAAACAACACGAGGACGCGAUGGUAGCUCGAAAGGAAACGGAAGAACGGAUCGCAGCAGCUACCCUACUAACAGGAUAUAUAGCUGAUCUUCUUCCAGCGGUUCUCGAAGGAUUGAAGAUGUCCGGGUUUCUGUUGGACGAAAUCAAGGCUGAUAUCGUCAGGGAAAUCAUAGAAGACCGCGCCGAAACGUAUAAGAAACUUGGCGAAGAGUACGAUGCCUCAAAGGCAAGGAAAUCAUUGAUGAAUCACAUAGAAGAUGGCGGCAAUGAUCUGAAUUUCGUAAAUUAUGAACCACCCGUUAUCAAGAAUACGGACUUAGCUUUCGGAUUUAGGGACGCCUUCACCAGCAUCGGAGCAAUCCCCAUCCCAGUAGCUUCUACAUUAAGCAGUGUACACAGCUGCGAGACAAAUCCAUCUCCUCCGGUUGCGCCCUGUGACAGAUUCGUUCCGAGCCGAGGAACAGCGACGACGAAACGAUCGACAGAGCCAAUCGAAAUUCAAAGCGGAACUUUCGAAGCGAUAGAAGCGCUUUGUGAAAGAUUCGUAUCCGAUAAUUAG